CGCUCUAGGGUGCCGGAAUAUUGCGUCUAUGUAAUUCAGUCGUAUACUUGAUUUGCUCGGUGCAUUAUCGGUGCAAUCGUUUGCAUUUUUUAAUUCGCAUCUCCGACAUAAGGAUGGGUAAGGAGAAGACUCAUAUUAACAUCGUCGUGAUUGGUCAUGUGGACUCCGGCAAGUCUACCACCACGGGCCAUCUCAUCUAUAAGUGCGGUGGCAUCGACAAACGUACCAUCGAGAAGUUCGAGAAGGAGGCUCAGGAGAUGGGAAAAGGCUCCUUCAAGUAUGCCUGGGUGUUGGACAAGUUAAAGGCGGAACGUGAACGUGGUAUCACGAUUGAUAUCGCUCUGUGGAAGUUCGAGACUGCGAAGUAUUACGUGACUAUCAUCGAUGCGCCCGGUCACAGGGACUUCAUCAAAAACAUGAUUACUGGCACGUCCCAGGCUGACUGCGCAGUAUUGAUUGUGGCCGCUGGCACUGGUGAGUUCGAAGCCGGUAUCAGUAAGAACGGCCAGACCCGCGAGCAUGCGCUCCUCGCCUUCACUCUGGGGGUGAAGCAGCUCAUUGUGGGCGUCAACAAAAUGGACUCCACCGAGCCACCUUACCACGAGGCUCGCUACGAGGAGAUCAAGAAGGAGGUCUCAUCUUACAUCAAGAAGAUUGGAUACAACCCGGCGACGGUGGCGUUCGUACCCAUCUCGGGAUGGCACGGCGACAACAUGUUGGAGUCCUCCGACAAGAUGCCUUGGUUCAAAGGUUGGACCAUCGACCGCAAGGAUGGCAAGGUCGAGGGCAAAACUCUCAUCGAGGCUCUUGACGCGAUUCAACCCCCUUCGCGGCCCAGAAAACCGCUGCGCUUGCCUCUUCAGGACGUAUACAAGAUAGGAGGCAUAGGCACCGUGCCCGUAGGUCGAGUUGAGACUGGCAUUUUGAAACCUGGCAUGGUGGUGGUGUUCGCUCCGGCCGCAAUCACCACUGAAGUGAAGUCCGUUGAGAUGCACCACGAGGCGCUGCAGGAGGCCAUGCCGGGAGACAACGUCGGCUUCAACGUAAAGAACGUGUCGGUGAAGGAAUUGCGUCGUGGCUAUGUGGCUGGAGACUCGAAAAACGCUCCGCCUAAAGGCGCUGCUGAUUUCACUGCGCAGGUGAUUGUGCUGAACCAUCCUGGUCAAAUCAGCAACGGGUACACUCCGGUGCUCGACUGCCACACUGCUCAUAUUGCUUGCAAGUUCGCUGAGAUCAAGGAAAAGUGCGACCGUCGUACUGGUAAAACAACUGAAGUGGACCCGAAGUCCAUUAAGUCUGGCGACGCGGCCAUCGUGACGCUCGUGCACAAGCCGCUGUGCGUGGAGUCGUUCCAGGAGUUCCCGCCGCUGGGACGCUUCGCCGUGCGCGACAUGCGCCAGACCGUGGCCGUGGGCGUUAUCAAGAGCGUCACGUUCAAGGAAGUGACUACUGGAAAAAUCACCAAAGCCGCGGAGAAGGCCCAGAAGAAAAAAUAACUAUGGGGCUCUCUGAAAAAAGUGUUGCAUAAAGUAACCAUCGUCUUAUUGGCAACACCAUCGCCAAAUUCUUCUGUCCCUUUUAAUGUGUCCGCUCCCAAUAGUGAGUCCUGUUCGAGCCCUGCCCAGCAGGCU